AUGGUUAUCCCUCUGAGUGUUACUACACAUAAGAAAAACCAGGUGUGCAAACUAUCCAAGUUAUUAUGCGGCCUUAAACAGGCAAGUCGCCAAUCGUAUGAGAAGUUGACCUCGUUAAUUGUACACCACAGAUAUCACCAAGCUACUUCAGAUCAUUCCUUGUUCGUCAAGUAUUCUAAUACCAACAUAACAAUUCUUUUAGUCUAUGUUGAUGAUGUCUUACUUACAGGGAAUUCUCUUGAAGAUCUCACUUUUAUCAAGAACACAUUACAGGAAGCUUUCAAAAUCAAAGAUUUGGGCACCUUAAAGUAUUUCCUUGGCUCGGAGGUUUCACAUUCCUCUAAAGGCAUUUCUCUAUGUCAACGCAAGUACUGCUUAGACCUCCUCACAGAUUCAUGUUUACUUGGCUCUAAACCCGCUUCAACUCCCUCUGAUCCUUCCAUCAAGCUUUGUUUUGACGAUGCUAAACAUUUUCCUGACAUCCCAGCUUAUAGGAGACUCGUUGGAUGUCUCAUAUAUCUCAAUACCAUGCGUCCCGAUAUUACGUUCAUCACUCAACAGUUAAGUCAAUUCCUAUCAAAACCCUCAAUCACACAUCAUAAUGUUGCAUGCAGAGUUCUUAGGUAUCUCAAGUCUUGUCUAGGUGAAGGCUUAUUCUUCCCAUGCAGUUCAAAACCAUGUCUGCUUGGAUUCUCGGAUGCCGACUGGGCUUGUUGCAAAGACACUCGACGUUCUAUAUCUGGUCCCUGUUUCUUCCUUGGCCAAUCCCUCAUAUCGUGGCGCACCAAGAAGCAACAAACCGUAUCCAGAUCUUCAUCUGAAACCGAUUAUCGUGCUCUUGCCGCUGCCACAUGUGAACUUCAGUGGCUCCUUUAUCUUCUUUGUGAUUUGCGUAUUACUUGUGAUAGACCACCCGUGCUAUACUGUGACAAUCAGAGUGCCCUUCAUAUUGCGGCUAACCUGGUUUUUCAUGAACGAACCAAGCAUUUGGAGAUCGAUUGCCACAUCGUUCGUGAAAAGUUUAUGGCGGAAGUUAUGAAGCUUCUUCUUAUAUCUUCCAAAAGCCAGCUUGCAGAUUUUUUCACUAGGGCUACUUACAACUAG